AUGGUAGUUGUCGGAAAUGUGGUGCUCCAUUUUCCGGUGAAGGGUGUGAUGUUGCUAUAUUUUCUGAUGGUGAGAUUCGUGUGCUCAUUGGUGUUUUCGUUACCUUUUUUUGUCGUCGCUUUUGUGGUAUCGAUCAUUGACUGUUUAUGCAAUAUAGCGAAGAAGCAAAAGGAUGAAAUCGCUGUUAAUAACAAGCAAACGGAAGAAUUCGGUGACGACUCCCGGUUUAUUCCGCUCACUAUGGUUAAAUUCCUGGAUGAUAUGGAAACAGAAAAGCCGAUCCGGUUCACUUCUCAACAGUUAAGAAUAGCGACAGACAACUUCAGUAUCUUAUUGGGUUCAGGUGGGUUCGGGACAGUUUACAAGGGCCUUGUUAGCAACAGCAUAGCUGUAGCUGUAAAAGUACUAAACGGAACCUCAGACAAGAGAAUUGAAGAGCAAUUCAUGGCGGAAGUAAGCACAAUAGGAAGAACCCAUCACUUUAAUCUCGUCAGGCUUUAUGGGUUUUGCUUUGAAUAA